CCUGGCAGGGGAGGGAGUUGACGGGCUGACAUAGGAAACUCCCCUGGAACCUGUUUCUCAGCUUUCUGGCCCAGCUGGGGCACCCGCUGGAAGGAGAGGCCAGGCGGAAGACCCUGGCCCUGCCAUGGCCUCUGCCGUGAGGCCACCCCGGGUCCCCAAGCCUAAGGGUGUCCUGCCUUCACACUACUAUGAGAGCUUUCUAGAGAAGAAGGGGUCCUGUGACCGGGAUUACAAGAAGUUCUGGGCAGGCCUCCAGGGACUCACCAUUUAUUUCUACAAUAGCAAUCGGGACUUCCAGCACGUGGAGAAGCUCAACCUGGGAGCAUUUGAGAAACUCACUGAUGAGAUUCCCUGGGGAAGCUCACGUGACCCUGGCACCCACUUCAGCCUGAUUCUCCGGAAUCAGGAGAUCAAGUUCAAGGUAGAGACCUUGGAGUGUCGGGAAAUGUGGAAAGGCUUCAUCUUAACGGUGGUGGAGCUCCGUGUCCCGUCCAACCUGACCCUGCUUCCUGGGCACCUAUACAUGAUGGCUGAAGUCUUGGCCAAAGAGGAGGCGCGCCGUGCACUGGAGACACCCUCGUGCUUCCUGAAGGUGAGCCGGCUGGAGGCACAACUGCUCCUGGAGCGCUACCCAGAGUGCGGGAACCUGCUGCUGCGGCCCAGCGGGGACGGUGCUGACGGCGUGUCGGUCACCACGAGGCAGAUGCACAAUGGGACGCACGUGGUCCGGCAUUACAAGGUGAAGCGGGAGGGCCCCAAGUACGUGAUCGACGUGGAAGAGCCGUUCUCUUGCACCUCCCUGGACGCCGUGGUCAACUAUUUCGUGUCGCACACCAAAAAGGCGCUGGUGCCAUUCCUGUUGGACGAGGACUACGAGAAGGUGCUAGGCUACGUGGAAGCCGAUAAGGAGAAUGGCGAGAGUGUGUGGGUGGCGCCCUCCGCCCUGGGCCCAGGUCCUACACCCUGCACAGGUGGCCCCAAGCCCCUGCCACCUGCAUCUGUGCCUGUGUCCAGCCAGGAUAAGCUGCCCGUGUUACCCCCACUGCCCCCACUACCGAACCAGGAAGAGAACUACGUGACCCCCAUUGGAGAUGCCCCAGUUGUUGACUAUGAGAACCAAGACGUGGCUUCCUCUAGUCGGCCGGUCAUCGUGAAGCCGAAGAAGUUGCCAAAGCCUCCUGCAAAGCUUCCAAAGCCACCCGUUGGACCCAAGCCAGAGCCCAGAGUCUUUAAUGGUGGCUUGGCCAGGAAGCUGCCAGCCAGCUCAGCCCAGCCUCUCUUCCCUGCAGCUGGGCUGGCGGACAUGACGGCAGAGCUACAGAAGAAGCUGGAGAAGAGGCGGGCACUGGAGCACUGAUUCGGACACGCCGGGGACCAGUGGGCCAGUCCCAGGGCAUGGCCCAGGGGCCAGAUUCUUUCUCCCAGGAUUAAAACUCUGACCCCAGGA